CCUCGCGCCUGCGUCAAUUCCGUAUCUUACAAUAUAGUGAAAAUGCUAAAAGUGAGUGGCUUUGUCUCCUUCCAACUGUCCUCUUAGAAAGAGACAAAACCGCUCACCUUUAGCAUUUUCACUGUAGCGCAAGAUACAGAAUUGACCCCAGGAUGAUCGCCGAUUACGCGGCGUCCAGAACUCGAGUGCUCGCUCGUUUGGCAAUUUGACACGUUCGGACCUCGGGAACCAUCGGUGAAAACAAUCAAACCGCGUUAAUUUCUAAUGUACGCAUGCCGAGUGUUCCUUUUAAUUUUGUCAAACUUAUCUCGGGCUAUUUAAAUAAGUAGAAUUUUUUGUGAUAAAGAAAGUCGUAGGUUUUGGAAUUUUUGGGGAAUUCUUCAACCGAAUGUGGAGAAACACAAAGCUUCUUCAACUCUGUCUUUGGAUUGUCUGAAAGUAGUUUUUCGCAGUACAAAAACUACUAAAUUAUUUCAUCAAGAAGAUUAGCAGAGUGUUACAAAAGUAGAUUUGUCGGAGUUUAAGUUUCUUUCGACACGACUCAGACGCGAAAGGCGCGGGCUUCGAGAGAUCGUGUUACGCUACUGGUGAGCGCAAAGCGCGAGGUGUUGCGAGAUCACUCGCGCGAAAGUUCACAGGUGUCACGAAGUACAAUUUUUAAGACAUACACAGCAGGCUAAGUGGCGCUGCCAAAGCCUUUCUUGUUUUUAAAUAAAGAGACAUUCCUAGUUCAAGUAGUGAUGAAAGAUAGAGGAAUAAACUCGCAUUAAAACGUAUGUACACACGUACGUGCAUACAUGUUACAAUACAAUAUUGCGAGAUUAGUCCCCGCGUAGCAAAGACUCUCGAGGGCAUCGCGCUUCUAAAUACGAGAAUUUCGGCCGAUUCGUCCGACAUCGAACGUUGCUACGAUUGAACCAAUCGACGUCAACAAGUCAACUGUUGUAUAUCUUCCGAUGAAAAUAUCACGACGACGAUUUGUCGCUUACGAGUAUACAGUACAGACGAGUGUGCGAAAGUGAAAUUUCCUUUUGUAUUCAUAUGUCCAUAAUCAAUAUCUUCCUUUUGUGUAAUCGAUCGUAAGUUCUCGAACGAAGACAAAACAGCCUCCUAGUGAGAGAGGGAGAUCGAAAAGGUGCCUAUUAGACGGCUCCCAAACAACACAAAAGAAAACUAGAACACCCUUGAGAGCAUCAAAAUAAAGAUAAGAUCCUAUAAUUGUAAGAAGAAAUUGAAGAAUAAAACAUUAGCAUUAAUUAAGUUUUACGAGAGCAAACCGAACUCAAAAACAUUCAAAGGAAUAUCAAGAGAUUAUUAGAAAGAAAAACUUGAUUACUGAUGCAAUGUCGGAAAUUUUGAACAUGACCAGCAAAAAUAUGAAAACAAUCCACAUAGAAAAUGCAGAAGAAUGCGUUAAUAUAACUGAAAAAGGUAAGUCACAUAAUUUGAAUUCCACAGCAGAAGAGACACUUCCUAAACAGACAUUAGUAGAUACAGGUUGUCGGGUGGAUGUAACUAGUAAUGAGGAUCGCAACAAUACUGAAAAGAAGUUGAAAGAAAAUACUUGGGAUAUUGUAGUAACAACUUCGCCGGAGGUACAAAUGUCUCUAUCAAAAGAAAAAGCUGCUCAGACUGAUGAUAUUGAGGACGAUAGGGCAAAAAAACUUGAACAACUAAACAAUACGAAGGAGACACCUGAAAAAGAAUUAACACUGGCUACAGAAGAGACUCUGCUUAACUCCAAUGCGGCUUCCAAACAGAAUAUUGCACACGACGAGUGUGAGAUUGAUGAAAUUGAUCAAGAAUUGGAAAAGAAUUCCCCAAUCGCAAAGGACAAUGCUAGAGGCAAAUUAACACGGACGAAAGAAAAGCUUUCCAAAAAGAAGCAGAAUCUAAAAAAACUGGAAAUACAUUUAGAAAAUUUGGAGAAAAGAAUCGCAAAACUAUUGAAUUUUCUGGAACAGAAGGAUGCGGAAACGCGGCUGGUUGAAAAUGCAUAAUCACGGAAUAUAAACGACGAACUA